CCUCCGGAAGCCUGGCCCCCACUGCAUGUGGCAAAGCACAGACUUCCUGCUUCACCCACUGGUGUCCCCCUGCUGUUCUCUCCGCCUUCCAGGAGCCAUCCCUGCCCCAGCCCCUGACCAGGGAAGGGGCAGGAGCAGGUGGCAAACCCAGCCUCCAGCCUCCAUUGUCCUUGGACGUUGUCAUUGCCUCUUACACCUGUGAGCCUUUGAGGAAGACUGCUACAGGAUGACUUUGGGACCAGGAUGGUGAUCUGAAAAUGCCCACUGAGCACAAACAGCAGCUCCCCAAGUUCCCAGAGUCUUUCCUCUCUUCUCGUGCCUCUUCCGUAGGAUGUUCACCAUGACCAGAGCCUUAGAAGAGACUCUACACCAGCACUUCAUAUACCAGAAGCUGGAUAUUGCCUAUGCCAUACACAAGCCGUUUCCCUUCCUCGAGGGCCUCCGAGACAACUCCUUCAUCACUGAGACGAUGUACAGGGAAUCCAUGGAAGCCUACAGAAAUCAGGUCCCUGUACCCAGACUGGUGUACAAUAUCCUCAGCCACCUGGAGAAGAUGUUCAACCUGUCGUUUCUGCAGAUGCUGUUCAGCCGAAUUAACCUGCAUGAAUACCCCCACCUGACAAGGAUCCUCAAGAGCUUCAGAAGUGUUGUCGUUUCCUACGGAGGAUGGGACAGAGCCGGGCCUGCCCUCCUUGAAGUCCCAGCCAACUCAGCCGAAGGGAGCUCCCUCCAGACCCUGCUGUCGUUGCCCCCACCCCAACACCGAUCACAGAGCCUCUCGCCCCAUAAGCCCAGUGUCAGUGAGCCCAGCGCAUCCACCCAGCUCAGCACUGAGAUCCGGACUGAAUCAUCCAGCCCUCCUGGCCCUGCCGUGGCCCUCCCCAGAGCCACCCAGGAAGGAAGGAUCACUCCAGAAGACUCACCAGAGGGACCUGGCACUCCGCCUGCCUCUGUGCAAGAGAUAAGAGAUAGCUCUCCUGAACCAAAUGACCCCAAAGAGUUCCAGGGGGCAUCCAUCACACUUCCCAACAAGAAAGGCAAGAAAAGAAAAAGAAGUAUCUGGUCAACUCCAAAAAAGAGACGCCAUAAAAAAAGCCCCUCAAAAGGAACCCCACGCACCUGGAUCAGGGGAAAGAAUUCCUCAUCGACAUCACAACCAGCUCAACAUCCAGAGUCACACCGCAUUAUCUACCCCCAAAUGCAGACCCACAGGCAGGGCACCCCAGUGAAAACUAUUCACAAAUCACUAUUUGGCCCAGGGAGAGCCUCACCUGAACACACAAUCCAAAAAAAGCUCCAACUGAUGGAUCAGGCGACUGAAAGGAAGGACGAUUCAACCAGCAACUCAGAGGUCAUAACAAGGGCCCAAAAGGCAAGGACUGGAUGUACACAAACCUCUGGACCACAGGAAAAGAAAAGGAACAACGAUGUCAGUUCAAGUUCAACCAGAAGGUGUCAGAAAAAUAUUCCCCCAAAGAAAAAACCCGAAGACGACCCUGUGGAUUUUCACUCUCCUAAACUUCCCGUGACGUGUGGCGAAGCUAGAGGGAUUUUAUAUAAGGAGAGACUGAAACGAGGAUCCUCAGAGAAGUGCAUUCAGAACGAGGAGGGAAUUUGGUUCACCCCAAAAGAAUUUGAAAUUGAAGGAAAACGGGCAACUUCAAGGAAAUGGAAACAGAGUGUGCAUUGCAGAGGAAAGACCUUAGAAGAGCUGCUGAAGAAAGGACUUUUGUUCUGUCCCCCAAGAAUAAAUGUCAAGAGAAAGGGGGAAACCUCCAAGGAAUGUGAGGUGUGCUGUAGAGGGGGACCAUGUCUCUGCUGUGUCCCUUGUCCGAGAGCCUUUCGUGAGGAUCACAUCCCGCCUGCAGAGGCUGAGAGGAGCCCGUGGAGUUGCACCUUCUGCAGGAUGGAGUCUUCGGGAAGGCAGCAGUGUUGCAGGAAAUCUGAGGUCCUGGAGAGGCUGAUACAGCCUGAGGAGCAGUUGAAAUGUGGGUUCCUCCUCUUGAAGGCCUACUGUCACCCACAAAGCUCCUUUUUUGCAGAAACCCCACAUAAUAUAAGUCAUAUUCGCGAUUAUGGAGAGCCCUUUAAGGAAGCCGUGUGGUUGGACCUGGUUAAGGAAAGGUUGACUGAGAAAGUGUAUACAGUGCCGUGCUUUGUGCGGGACGUGCGCCUGAUCUUUCGCAACCAUAAAAUGUUUUACAAGGCUUCUGACUUUGGUCAGAUAGGAUUGGACUUGGAGGCAGAAUUUGAACAGGACCUCAAAGAGAUGUUUAUUUUUUGCAAAGCCAAUGAAAACAGCUUCCAGACUCUUUGACCGUGUUCUAGAAAAACUAAGGCACCCCAACUUCAGGAUCCAGAUGAUGUGACCCUGGCCGUCUUUAGACAGCCAGUGAGUCUAGAAUGUUAUUGGCUGCCCUCUUGACUCAAAGCCAGAGCCUUGUACCAUCAUCACACCUGUCUUUUCUUUCUACACCUAAAAGUGUGUGUGUGUGUGUGUGUGUGUGCGUGAAAUACACUUCUCGUCCCCAUCUAAGGCCUCUUCCUUCUCAAUAUUUACAUCUCUCUUCUCCCACAGUAUAUAUACUCAUUUGUUCAACUAAAACAAUACUACAACAAUAGCUUCAGAAUUUCUACCCUCACAUCACUAUGAAAAAGAAACUAAACUGAAUUCUAAAGUUGUAUGCAAUUGAUUUUUGUAUAUAUAUAUAUA